CCUUCUGAAUGCCGCCACUCCGCAGUCCAGAGUAUUUGAAGAUCAAGCCGAAAUUGAGAGACUGACGAGAAUGGUCCCUUUUUAUUCCUAACAGAUUUCUUGCGACAAGGAAACCGGCAGUCUUCCGUUUCCGGUUGCUGUUGCCGUAGUAGCCGCACGCAUAACAGCCGUGGUGGUUAUGGCGGGCCUCAGUUGCGCGCAGAUCCCCGACGGGGAGUUUACCGCGGUAGUGUACCGCCUCAUCCGCAAUGCACGCUACGCCGAGGCGGUGCAGCUGCUGGGCCGAGAGCUGCAGCGGAGCCCUAGGAGCCGCGCCGGCCUGUCGCUGCUAGGCUACUGCUACUACCGCCUGCAGGAGUUCGCUCUGGCGGCCGAGUGCUAUGAGCAGCUGGGCCAGCUGCACCCGGAACUGGAGCAGUACCGCCUGUACCAGGCCCAGGCCCUGUACAAGGCCUGCCUUUACCCGGAGGCCACCCGGGUCGCCUUCCUUCUCCUGGAUAACCCCGCCUACCACAGCCGGGUCCUCCGCCUGCAAGCUGCCAUCAAGUACAGCGAGGGCGAUCUGCCAGGGUCCAGGAGCCUGGUAGAGCGGCUGCUGAGUGGGGAAGGGGGAGAGGAAAGUCGGGGCGAGAAUGAGACCGAUGGCCAGGUCAACCUGGGUUGUUUGCUCUACAAGGAGGGACACUAUGAAGCUGCAUGCUCCAAGUUUUCUGCCGCACUGCAGGCCUUGGGCUACCAGCCUGACCUUUCCUACAACCUGGCUUUGGCCUAUUACAACAGCCGACAGUAUGCUUCAGCACUGAAGCAUAUCGCUGAGAUUAUUGAGCAUGGCAUCCGCCAGCACCCUGAACUAGGUGUGGGCAUGACCACUGACGGCUUUGAUGUUCGCAGUGUUGGCAACACCUUAGUCCUCCAUCAGACUGCUCUGGUGGAAGCCUUCAACCUUAAGGCAGCCAUAGAAUACCAACUGAGAAACUAUGAGGCAGCUCAAGAAGCCCUCACUGACAUGCCACCCAGGGCAGAGGAAGAGUUGGACCCUGUGACCCUACACAACCAGGCACUAAUGAACAUGGAUGCCAGGCCUACAGAAGGGUUUGAAAAGCUACAGUUUUUGCUCCAACAGAAUCCCUUUCCUCCAGAGACUUUUGGCAACCUGUUGCUGCUUUACUGUAAAUAUGAGUAUUUUGACCUAGCAGCAGAUGUCCUGGCAGAAAAUGCCCAUUUUAUUUAUAAGUUCCUCACACCCUAUCUCUAUGACUUCUUGGAUGCUGUGAUCACUUGCCAGACAGCUCCUGAAGAGGCUUUCAUUAAGCUUGAUGGGCUAGCAGGGAUGCUGACUGAGGUCCUCCGGAAACUCACGGUACAAGUACAGGAAGCAAGACACAAUAGAGAUGAUGAAGCUAUCAAAAAGGCAGUGAAUGAGUAUGAUGAAACCAUGGAGAAAUAUAUUCCUGUGUUGAUGGCUCAGGCAAAAAUCUACUGGAAUCUUGAAAAUUAUCCAAUGGUGGAAAAGAUCUUCCGCAAAUCUGUGGAAUUUUGUAACGACCAUGAUGUGUGGAAGUUGAAUGUGGCUCAUGUUCUGUUCAUGCAGGAAAACAAAUACAAAGAAGCCAUUGGUUUCUAUGAACCCAUAGUCAAGAAGCAUUAUGAUAACAUCCUGAAUGUCAGUGCUAUUGUACUGGCUAAUCUCUGUGUUUCCUAUAUUAUGACAAGUCAAAAUGAAGAAGCAGAGGAGUUGAUGAGGAAGAUUGAAAAGGAGGAAGAGCAGCUCUCUUAUGAUGACCCAGAUAAGAAAAUGUACCAUCUCUGCAUUGUGAAUUUGGUGAUAGGAACUCUUUAUUGUGCCAAAGGAAAUUAUGACUUUGGUAUUUCUCGAGUUAUCAAAAGCUUGGAACCUUACAACAAAAAGCUGGGAACAGACACCUGGUAUUAUGCCAAAAGAUGCUUCCUGUCCUUGUUAGAAAACAUGUCAAAACACACAAUCAUGCUUUGUGAUAGUGUUAUUCAAGAAUGUAUCCAGUUUCUAGAACACUGUGAACUUCAUGGCAGAAACAUACCUGCUGUUAUUGAACAACCCCUGGAAGAAGAAAGAAUGCAUGUUGGAAAGAAUACAGUCACAUAUGAGUCUAGGCAGUUAAAAGCUUUGAUUUAUGAGAUUAUAGGAUGGAAUAUAUAGUAACAGCUGAUAAUGGCAUUUAUCAAAUGGCUUUGUUAUGUAAAUUUGCAUUGCUUUAUUUAACCUUUGGCAUCUUUAUAUUUGUUACAUGUUGAACUUUGUACACUUAUGCAUUAUAAAAAAAAAAGUAGUUAAAACUUUUGCUGUUAAAUUUCCCAGAAAGUGAAAUAUUCCAAGAACUUUUACCCCAGGAGUUAUGAAAAAUUCCAAACUUACGAGGAAUGUUUAGAUCAGAAGUUGUA